CCUCAUUCUUUCAUACAAGCUAAGAAUCAUAAGAAUCAUAAGAAUCAACAUGUCCCUCCGCACCCUCCUCCUCGCCGCCUCCACCAUCUGCCUCGCGCAAGCCAAACCCCGGCUGCACGCCCGCGACUGGAUCGCCAGCGACGAGAUCGUCGGCUUCAACCAGACGGUGCCGGAUGACGCCACGGGCGAUUUGUAUCUGGCGUAUCAGCCAUACUUGAAGGUGGUGAAUGGGUGUGUGCCGUUCCCGGGUGUGGAUGCGGAGGGGGAUACCGACGCCGGCCUCUCCCCCACCGGCUCCUCCGACGGCGACUGCAGCUCCAACACCGGCCAAAUCUACAUCCGGAGCAACAUCACCACCACCAGCACCCCAUCCACCUCCUCCCCCGCCGCGCUCCUCUACAGCUGGUACAUGCCCAAAGACGAACCCAGCACCGGCCUCGGCCACCGCCACGACUGGGAAGGCGUAAUCAUCUACCUCUCGUCCACGGCCACCAUUUCCGCAGACAACAUCCUCGCCGUGUGUCCCUCCGCGCACGGCGGCUGGGAUUGCUCCACGGACGGAUAUACCCUCUCCGGCACGAAAGCGCUGAUUAAGUAUGAGAGUAUUUGGCCGUUGGAUCAUAGUUGUGGGUUGACGGAUGUGGUGGGCGGGACGCAGCCGUUGGUGGCGUGGGAGAGUUUGACUACUGCUGCGCAGGAUGCGUUGCAGACGGCGGAUUUUGAUAAGGCGAUUGUGCCGUUUAAGGAUAGUACGUUUGAUGAGAAUUUGGCCAAGGCUACUUAUUAGUUCUUGGGGUUGUAUUUAU